GAGAGCGAGAGGCGGUGGCGGCGUCGUGAGCGCCACGAGCGCCGCGACCGCAGGCCCCCACCGAAGCACUUUCUCUUUUGCUUCCCGUGGGUCAAGUCGCGCCGGGUUCGGACGCAGAUACUGCGAUGUUUCGUGUCUGGCAUGUUUCUCCUGCUGAUGUUGGCAGUUUACCUCUCGCUCUCCCUCACCAAAAACAUCAACAGCAGCGAGUUCACGGUGCUGCUGAUCCUCAUUAUCCUCUUUGUCACCAUAAUUUUCUGCUACGGGCUAGUCCGGCUGUGCAUUCUGCUGGUCAGGGGCGACCACCAUGGGAACACCGACCGGCUACCCGAGAUGCGCGGGCCCGGCGGCUACGCCAUCCCGGAGCAGCCGAUCCGCGUUGUGCUGGCGCGCGACGAGGAGGCAGCUGGCAUUGAGAGCGAGACCACCAAAAUCAAGCCCCCCGCCUACGGCCUGUGGCGCGAGAGCGUGCGGGUCGACCCCAAUCGCAUAUACUGGAUGCGCAACCACGAUGCCCCUCCACUGGACACGGAUAAGGAGGAGGCUGGCAGCAGCCACGCUCCUCGAACAACGGCCCCGCGCCCGCCGUCGUACGCGUCCGAGGACGGCGUUAGCUAUGUGGUCGAAGCACGGCCGCGGUCAAUGGCACCCACAACCAACGUACCCGUUCUCCCCCACCCGUCCGAGACGGGCCGGGCCGGG